AAGAGGCAAGACAUCUCACGUUCUCACACUUGUCUCCUUUUUCCACAAGAACUGAAGAGGGGUCGCCAUUUUCACGAAAGAGGAAACCUCCACUUUUUGGCUUCCUUUCCUUAAACAGGCAAUGCCUUUUCCAUGCGCCAUCUCCCCCCACCCUUUUUAUCUGCAAAGCAAUGGCGCUCCCCAAGGGUAUCUCAAAGGGAGGCAAUGGGUUUCUCCACAGAGAGAUUGUGGUGGUUUCCAGUUGGGUUUGAGUGAAUGUGAAAGAAAAAGAGACUGCGUUUUCCAGUUGCGUUUUAGAGAGAGGCUGUGUUUUCAAUUGUUUUUAGAGAGACUAUUUUCCAGUUGUGUUUUAGAGAGAAAGUGGGAUUUGUAUACAUGUGAAAGAAAGGGAAUCUGUGGUUGCAGUCGGGAUUGUAUGUGUGUGUGUGAGAGAGAGAGAGUCCACUUGGGUUUGUAUAAAAUAAACGUAAUCUGUGCUUUGUGUUGACUCUCUGUGUGCGAAAGAAAGGAAACCUGUGUUUCCUGUUGAGUUUGUGUGCAUGAGAGAGAGAGAGUCCAGUUGGGUGCUGCAUAAAUGUGAAAGAAAGGAAACCUGUGUUUACUGUUGAGUUUGUGUGCAUGUGUGUGAGAGAGAGAGUCCAAUUUGGUUUUGUUAGAGAGAGAGGUUGUCAAGUGGAGUUUGUGUAUAUUUGAAAGAAAAGCAAUCCAGUUUGGUUUGUGUGAAAGAGAGUGUUUUUUAGAGAGAGAGAUGGGUAGGGGGAAGAUAGAGAUAAAGAGGAUAGAGAACCCAACAAAUCGACAGGUUACUUAUUCAAAGAGGAGAGCAGGCAUCACUAAGAAGGCAAGGGAACUCGCAGUCCUCUGCGAUGCCCAAGUCUCUCUCAUCAUGUUCUCGACAACUGGGAAACUCAGUGAAUAUUGCAGCCCCUCUACCAGCCCAAAGGAAAUAUAUGAUCGGUAUCAGCGAGUUUCUGAUACCAACUUAUGGGAUACUCACUACGAGAGAAUGCAAAGUGAGCUCAGUAGCCUUAAAGAGGAGAACAAUAGGCUACAGAAGCUCAUACGUCAAAAAAUGGGGGAAGAACUGAAUGAGUUGAGGUGGAAGGAUCUGCGUGAUCUUGAGCAAAAUCUUGAGGAAUGGGUGAAACGUAUCAGAGACAAGAAGAACCAAUUGCUUACCAACCAGACUGAUACCUGUAGGAAAAGGAUAAAUAAAUUAGAGGCAGAAAACAACACCAUAAGGCUCCAAAUGGAAGAAGAAGUGGCGCAUUGUUUCGACGACGAGACUGAUUGUGAAUCCACACUUGUCUUAGGAAGCCGAAAUAUGCAAUUAUUCACAUAUUUGCAGCCGGAAAACCGCCAAAACCUUCGUGUUAGGGGGUUUCCAUCAGAGGACUUGAGACUUGGCUAGAGUUCCUGAGGCAUGAAGCUAAGCUAAAAUCUGAGUGUUUCUUGCUUUCGAGUUAAUUUAGGCUGGGGUUUUUAUGUGGCAUUAAUUUACAUUUGAAGUCUUUUUCCUCUUUGUUGUUUAUGUGGAUUGUGGAAUAUGGUUUCAUCGCCAUCCACAUUCAUGGCUGAAAUGUUGUUGUCUGACUUCUGGUGUCUUGCUUUUUGGGUUUGAAUCCGUAAGUCAUUUUGUUUCCUAAUGGGAUAUAGUGUCAUAUGUUGUUUGAACUUUUUGGGUUUGAAUCCCUUGGCUCAUUGUGUUUCCUAAUGGAAUUAAUGUCAUAUGUUGAUGGCUUUUUUGA